ACAAACAUGUACAUCAAGCAGGUGAUCAUUCAGGGCUUUCGAAGCUACAGGGACCAAACCAUUGUGGACCCAUUCAGCUCCAAACACAAUGUCAUUGUGGGAAGAAAUGGAUCUGGAAAAAGCAACUUCUUUUAUGCAAUUCAGUUUGUCCUCAGUGAUGAGUUUAGUCAUCUUCGCCCAGAGCAGAGACUGGCUUUGUUGCAUGAAGGUACCGGUCCUCGUGUUAUUUCAGCUUUUGUGGAGAUUAUAUUUGACAAUUCCGACAACAGGCUACCGAUUGAUAAAGAGGAAGUCUCGCUUCGCAGAGUCAUUGGCGCCAAGAAGGACCAAUAUUUCUUAGACAAGAAAAUGGUGACGAAAAAUGAUGUCAUGAAUCUUCUUGAAAGUGCUGGAUUUUCUCGCAGUAAUCCCUACUAUAUUGUCAAACAAGGAAAGAUCAACCAGAUGGCCACAGCUCCUGACUCUCAAAGAUUGAAGUUACUAAGAGAAGUAGCUGGUACCAGAGUGUAUGAUGAACGUAAAGAGGAGAGUAUUUCACUAAUGAAAGAAACAGAGGGCAAGCGAGAGAAGAUCAAUGAGUUGUUGAAAUACAUUGAAGAGCGACUGCAUACUCUAGAAGAGGAGAAAGAGGAGCUGGCACAGUACCAGAAAUGGGAUAAAAUGAGGAGAGCAUUAGAAUACACCAUUUAUAAUCAGGAACUUAAUGAAACACGAGCUAAGCUUGAUGAGCUUUCUGCUAAACGAGAAACAAGUGGAGAAAAAUCGAGGCAGCUGAGAGAUGCACAGCAAGAUGCUAGAGAUAAAAUGGAGGAAAUAGAACGGCAAGUUCGAGAACUGAAGACAAAGAUUUCGGCAAUGAAAGAAGAGAAAGAGCAACUUAGUGCUGAAAGACAGGAGCAGAUUAAACAGAGGACUAAAUUAGAGCUGAAGGCUAAAGAUCUACAGGAUGAAUUAGCUGGCAACAGUGAGCAAAGGAAAAGACUGCUAAAAGAGAGGCAAAAACUUCUUGAGAAAAUCGAGGAGAAGCAGAAAGAAUUGGCAGAAACAGAGCCAAAAUUUAACAGCGUAAAAGAAAAAGAAGAGAGGGGAAUUGCUAGACUUGCACAGGCUACACAAGAAAGAACAGAUCUUUAUGCAAAGCAAGGUCGAGGGAGCCAGUUUACUUCCAAAGAGGAGAGGGAUAAGUGGAUAAAGAAAGAACUGAAGUCUUUAGAUCAAGCCAUCAAUGACAAGAAGCGGCAGAUUGCAGCUAUACACAAGGAUUUAGAGGAUACAGAGGCAAACAAGGAGAAAAACCUGGAACAGUACAGUAAACUGGACCAAGAUCUUAAUGAAGUGAAGGCUCGUGUUGAAGAAUUGGACAGAAAAUACUAUGAAGUGAAAAAUAAAAAGGAUGAGCUACAGAGUGAAAGAAAUUACCUAUGGAGAGAAGAGAAUGCAGAACAACAAGCCCUUGCUGCAAAGAGGGAGGAUCUAGAAAAGAAACAGCAGCUUCUCAGAGCAGCAACAGGAAAGGCCAUUUUGAACGGUAUAGACAGCAUAAACAAAGUUUUGGAGCACUUCCGUCGAAAAGGCAUAAACCAGCAUGUUCUGAAUGGCUAUCAUGGAAUUGUCAUGAAUAACUUUGAAUGUGAGCCAGCAUUCUACACUUGUGUUGAAGUCACUGCAGGGAACAGGUUGUUUUAUCACAUUGUGGAUUCUGAUGAGGUCAGUACAAAGAUCCUAAUGGAGUUUAACAAAAUGAACCUUCCUGGAGAAGUUACUUUCCUUCCUCUGAACAAGCUGGAUGUUAGAGAUACUGCUUAUCCUGAGACUAAUGAUGCUAUUCCUAUGAUCAGUAAACUGAGGUACAAUCCAAGAUUUGAUAAAGCUUUCAAGCAUGUUUUUGGGAAGACUUUAAUUUGUCGUAGCAUGGAAGUGUCUACCCAGCUGGCCAGAGCUUUCACAAUGGAUUGUAUCACUCUGGAAGGUGAUCAAGUCAGCCAUCGAGGUGCUUUGACUGGAGGUUACUAUGACACCAGGAAGUCUAGGCUUGAAUUGCAAAAAGAUGUUAGAAAAGCAGAAGAAGAACUUGGUGAGCUUGAAGCAAAGCUCAAUGAAAACUUACGUAGAAACAUUGAAAGGAUUAACAAUGAGAUUGACCAGCUAAUGAACCAAAUGCAGCAAAUUGAAACACAGCAGAGAAAGUUCAAGGCCUCUCGAGACAGUAUUUUGUCAGAGAUGAAAAUGCUGAAGGAGAAAAGGCAGCAGUCUGAAAAGACAUUCAUGCCUAAGCAACGUAGCUUGCAGAGUCUGGAGGCAAGUUUACAUGCUAUGGAGUCAACUAGAGAAUCAUUAAAAGCAGAACUGGGGACAGAUUUGUUGUCUCAGCUUAGUCUUGAAGAUCAGAAACGUGUGGAUGCUCUUAACGAUGAAAUUCGACAACUACAGCAAGAAAAUAGACAGCUUUUGAAUGAGAGGAUCAAAUUGGAAGGCAUUAUCACAAGAGUUGAGACAUAUCUCAAUGAGAAUCUGAGAAAACGCUUAGACCAAGUGGAACAAGAACUGAAUGAGCUUCGGGAAACAGAAGGUGGCACAGUUCUUACUGCUACAACAUCAGAACUUGAGGCUAUCAACAAACGAGUGAAGGAUACACUGGCACGGUCAGAUGAUCUGGAUAACUCUAUUGACAAAACAGAAGCAGGAAUUAAAGAACUUCAGAAAAGCAUGGAACGCUGGAAGAACAUGGAGAAGGAGCAUAUGGAUGCCAUUAACCAUGAUACAAAAGAACUUGAAAAAAUGACAAACAGGCAAGGCAUGCUUCUCAAGAAGAAAGAGGAGUGCAUGAAGAAAAUACGAGAGUUGGGUUCACUUCCACAGGAGGCUUUUGAAAAGUAUCAGACUUUAAGUUUAAAGCAGUUAUUCCGCAAGCUGGAGCAGUGCAAUACUGAACUGAAGAAAUAUAGUCAUGUUAAUAAAAAAGCUUUAGAUCAGUUUGUGAAUUUCUCAGAGCAGAAGGAAAAACUGAUAAAAAGACAAGAGGAGCUGGACAGGGGCUACAAAUCCAUCAUGGAGCUGAUGAAUGUCCUUGAGCUCAGGAAAUAUGAGGCUAUUCAGCUGACUUUCAAACAGGUGUCAAAAAAUUUCAGUGAAGUAUUCCAAAAGUUAGUACCUGGUGGCAAGGCCACAUUAGUGAUGAAGAAAGGAGAUGUGGAGGGCAGUCAGUCCCAGGAUGAAGGUGAAGGCAGCACUGAGAGCGAAAGAGGAUCUGGAUCUCAGAGCAGUGUUCCAUCUGUAGAUCAGUUCACUGGAGUUGGCAUAAGGGUAUCGUUCACAGGGAAGCAGGGUGAAAUGAGAGAAAUGCAGCAACUUUCAGGUGGACAGAAAUCUUUAGUGGCCCUGGCCCUAAUAUUUGCCAUCCAGAAAUGUGAUCCAGCUCCUUUUUAUUUGUUUGAUGAAAUCGACCAAGCCCUAGAUGCCCAGCAUAGAAAAGCUGUGUCAGAUAUGAUUAUGGAACUAGCUGAACAUGCUCAGUUUAUUACAACAACUUUUAGGCCAGAAUUGCUUGAGUCGGCUGACAAGUUCUAUGGUGUAAAAUUCAGAAACAAGGUCAGUCAUAUUGAUGUGAUCACAGCAGAAAUGGCCAAAGACUUUGUAGAAGAUGACACCACGCAUGGUUAAAGGAGCUUGUAAUUACUGCUUUUUUGGAAGAUGUGUAUAGUGCUGUUUAUGCCAGGGACCUGUACAUUUAAAAUAUGAAGUAUUUAGUCCUUGUUUAAAAUAGUUUUUGAACACACAUUUUAACCGAGACCACAGAAGGCUUAGUUUCAAAUGAGCUUGAGUAUCCAUUUUGUCUCUGUUGCUGUAUUUUAUAAGAUAAUUGUUAAUGUUACCUUUAUACAAUACCUGUAGUUUGGAAAUUUUAUUCUCUUCCUUCAAAUCUUUUGUAAAGUGUUUGUUGCUGUUUUAAAGCUUUUCAGAAAGUGCUAGCUAUUUCUUCUUAAGUAUAGUUUUAUCAUUUAUAUUGCCUCACAUGUUUUUUUUUUUUAAUGGCUUCAAUUAAAAUGGUUGGUUUUAAGGC